UGUCGUUAAUAGACACGCUGUUCUCUUUCUCUCCUUUUUCUCACCGGUCUAUACCUCCCCGGCUUCGGCUCCGGUGCAUUCAGGUGCAUCGUUGCUCUUUCCCUCGCGUUCCCUCGUGACGCGGUCACCGCGUGCUCCAGCGUGUUCAAAAAAAUUAUCAUCAGAUUUACACGGUUUGACACAAGUAUUUGGCAUAAAGUGCCACGGUACAAGUGCCGUUAUCCGCAUCAAUUGGCGCUAACAUCUUGUAGGUAUUCCUGGCUGCUCCUAGCUCUCUCCAUCCUUUCUUCCUUCUAUCAUAUCAAGCUAAUACCAAGCCGGUACAAAUAAAUAACAAAGUUACAUUGAUUUUCUGUUUCGUCUCUGUGAGCAUCGUGUUGAAAUGCUCGUGAUGUGCCCAAAGACCGGACGUCUUGUGGCAAAUUACAAAUGCACCAGGCGCGAUAUUUUAUUUACAGAUGGCAAUUUAUCUUGAUGUUAAUAAACAAGCGCAUAUGUCAUAAUUUACUCGUGAUAAGAUAUUUGCGGGAGAUAUUGCACUGAAGAUAUUGCACAUGACGAGAAUCACGUUGUAUUGCACACAUACUAUCUAAUUAUUUAACAAGUGUUUUAACACACAAGUGGAAAUUCCGAAAUUCUUCCAAUCAUGCCGAUGGAAUUUUUGGAGCGGUUACCAUUUCCAAAUCUUCGAGUGUAUGCCGCCAUAAGCGUCACCAUACUUUCCUUUUCUAUAUACUAUGCCACUCAAAUAAUCAAGGAUCCUGCUUGGAAAACGAAUCAUACGCAUGUUGAUAUCGGAGUCCAUUCUGGAGAUGACAUUCUCGAUCCGACUGAUCCGAGAAGUCUUGGCACACACUUUAAAGAACUCUUGGAAUGUAUGGUGAUGGAACCUGUCUGUGUUUGGACUUUAGUCAACAUGGCUAACUGCAUGUUGAUUCUCCUUGGCAAAACCAUCCAAAAGCUUGUAUUUGGCGAACUACGUGCCUCAGAGAACCACCAUUUGAAAGACAAGUUCUGGAAUUUUCUUUUUUACAAGUUUAUCUUCGUUUUUGGAGUUUUGAAUGUACAAUACAUGGACGAAAUUGUACUCUGGUGUGUAUGGUUUUUGGCGCUUGGCUUCCUGAGUCUUCUUAGCCAACUUUGUAAAGAUCGAUUUGAAUAUCUGUCCUUUUCACCCACCACGCCAGGAUGGAGUCAUGCGCGACUUCUCGUAUUAUUGGCGGCAAUACUUGUGCUAUCUUCCUUCAUGCUUUUAUUCUGCAUCGCUGCAGCUUUCUUUUUCAUAUCUUUCAAUACUUUUGCUUUUAUGGCAGCUGAGUGUAUUCUACUUGGAGUCCGUACGAUUCACGUGAUGUUACGCUAUUUGAUUCACCUGUAUGAUACUCGUGGUGCCGGCACUUCGGCGCAACGAUCUUGGGAUAAACGUGGUCCAUUGACUUACUAUACGGAUUUGAUUUCGGAAUUAAUUGUGCUGGCAGUCGACUUUUUUCAUCAUGUUCACAUGCUUUUGUGGAGUAACAUCCUUUUGAGUAUGGCAUCGCUAGUAAUAUGUAUGCAAUUGAGAUAUUUGUUCUACGAGAUACAACGGAGAAUUACAAAACAUAGAAACUAUUUGGCUGUACUAAAUCAUAUGGAACAGAAUUAUCCAAUGGCAUCACAAGAUGAGUUAGCCGAAAACUCUGAUAACUGCGCCAUAUGUUGGGAGAAGAUGGAAAACGCUCGUAAAUUACCCUGUACGCAUUUGUUUCACAACUCAUGCUUACAAUCUUGGUUAGAACAGGAUACAUCAUGUCCCACGUGUCGAUUGGGUUUGAGUAUGCAAGCGAAUCAUAGAGAGAACACUCUAGAGAUACCUCCUGAUCCACAAACCCCUACGAGAAGAAAUAGUAACCAUUUUUUCCUCUUUCUCGAUGCAUCGAGAUAUGUAUCUUGGUUACCUAGUUUUUCCGUCGAGGUCUCGCACAACAGAUUACGUGGUAACAUAUCUACAUUUGCACAUACUAAUUCCCAGAUGGACGCAAUGGCGAGACAGGUACAACUACUUUUUCCUCAUUAUCCUCGCAAUAUAAUCCUAGAAGAUCUUAGAAUGACUCGAUCGGUUGAAUGGACAAUUGAGAAUAUACUUGAUGGAAUAUUAACUAUACCACACCAUUUAAUCGAAGAACCGCAAGAAGAAUCCGUCCCACAAAUGCAAACGAUUGUGACAAAUAUUACGCCCAGCUCUUCGAUCCAAAAUUCAUCGGAUCCUAGAUUCGAUAUUCCUUUUGCCGAUAGUGGAGAAGAACCUUCGAGUCUUGGUGGUCGUUUUUCGAAAUCAUCUGCUGAGAGAGAACUUAUACUUCAACGACGAAAAGAACAUAUGAGAUUAACAGCACGGAGAAGGUAUUUGGAAAAACAUCGGAAAUCCGAGAUUGAUUCGACAAAUUCGCAGAUAACGAAUACUGAAAAUAUUGAAAAUACUAUAUCCUAGAUAUAAGCAGAAAUAAGAUUGAUUAAUAUGAUUUUGAAUUCAAAUUACUCAGAGCUUCGUAGUUGAUAUGAAAUUGACAGAUGUACAUUUUUUUUUUUUUUUUUUCGAAUACGAAAUAAGAUUGUGGAACAAAGCAGUGCAUAUUUUUUGUUUGUUGAUGACUAAUUAUUAAAUAUAGCAAGAGCUAUCGAAAAAUCUCUUUGUGUAUUUAAUAAUUAGUGCUUUAACCUUCUGAAAACAACAAAUUAAAGUCGCAGUCAAGAGAUUAGAUAUGACAUUUAGAAUAUUGAGAGGUUGUGAACGAUAUACUCAUGAACGAUUAGUAUUGAACCAAUUACUCAAUGCCAUCAAGUUAUGAUGAAAGCUACAAUGAGACGACUAAAUUAUAAUAGAAGAGGUUAAGAUUUUUACGUAAUUUAAAUCAAUGCUAAUAAAUACCUACAGCAACAUGUAAUACACACGCGUAUUAAAAGAAAAAAUUGUUAGAGAGAGAACAACUUUAUUGGAUUUUGUAAAGAUCUUAAGCUGCAUUGUCGUCCACUUUCUAACGAAUUAAAAUUUUUGUUUUAAAGCUUUCUACUUUUCUUUUAUAUUUUGCAUAAUUUGUAAAAUAAUCUUUAUAAAUUUAUAAAUUGGAAAGAGAGAGGGAGGGAGGAGAUAUUCGAUUAUAAAUAGGUACAUUAAAUGUUAAUAUAAUGAAUGUAUUUAGUGCCAUAAAUAAAUUGAAGUGACACGUGCCAAUUUAA